AUGGCAACCGAAAAGCCCCAGGAAAGCCACUACUGGCUGAAGCCUGAUGAGGAAGAACGCGCCAGGCUUAACAAUCAACACCGGGUUCUGAUCCAAAUAAUUGAAAAUGAAGUGCUUCACGCUCCUAUUGAUCCCUCGACUAUCGUCAGAGUUGCAGAUGUGGGAACAGGCACAGGUAUCUGGCUCGACGCUCUUGCUGCCCAUCUGGACCCUAUCCCGACAGCGAGCGGCCAACCCCGCCAAUACGACGGCCUCGAUAUAUCACCCGCCCACUUUCCCGCUUCUCACCCAGAAAAUUUUCAUUACGAUGUCUACAACAUUCUCCAGCCUGUUCCGGAAGAAUUGAAAGAAAAAUAUGAUUUGGUCCACGUCAGAUUGUUGGUGGCGGCGUUGUCAAAGGGUGACAUGAACACAGCGGUGGACAAUCUUGCUCAACUUCUAAGACCUGGAGGGUGGAUCCAAUGGGAUGAGCUUGAUGGCGACUCGUGGGCUGGCAGGGUCCCCAGCUCCCAUGUGAGCGAAAUGAACGAGCUUGUCAGGAAGCACAUGGGAACUAAGGGUAUGGAGCUGCAUGUUCCCGCUGCUUUUGUUGAAGCGGCAGAAGCUCAUCCUCACCUUCAAAGCGUGUCCGAGAGAAUCUUCAAUACAAUCAAGGGUGGAUCUGAGUUGAAGGAUGCUGUCAAUUUGGUCUUCCUAUGGUCGUGUACCAGAUCUACAAAAAUGAUUCUUCAGGCCAGCGGAACGCCUAGGGCGGAGGAGGAAUUCGAAAGGCUUGCCGAGGGUGCCAAGGCUGACAUUGAACGGGAUGAGAUUUUUUGGGAUUCAGAUGAACACGUCUUACUUGCACAGAAGAAAUAG